UUUAUAUAAAAAUUAAAAAAUGAGAUUUGGAAGAGUUGGUGCAAUAUCUGCAAUAACAAGAGCUAAAAGAUCAGAUUAAUAUUUGGCUGGUAAAAAUGAAGAUAUUGAAUUGACAGAGAAAUAGUUGAAUCGUAUGAAAUAUUGAUUAAUAGAUAGAUGCAGAGAAAAUAAUGAAAAGGAUUUAAAAAGACUAAAAGUCAUUAAUAUUAUAUAGAGUUCCUGUAUUGUAUAAUAAUAAUGCAAAUGAGUUAGUAUUUGGGGAAUCGGGAUAUUGAUAAUAUUGUUAUCAUUAUAUUUACUAUACAACUUAAUAUGGGGAUUAGAAGGGAAGGUUUUUAAAUAGGAAACGAGUUGGUGGCAAUAUUUUGUUUCGUUUAUUAUAAUGGGAAUAGGGAUAAGUUUUUUAAUAGCUAUAAAGAGAGAGAAGCUAAUAUUCAAUAAAGAAGUAAAAGAGAGUAUAUAAAUAGAAAGAUGAGAUAAUAUUAUGUUAUAGGAAUAUAUGUUGUUAAUAGAAUGUUAUGGAAUAGAAAAUAUCACAUUUAACAAAUAUGAAAAUGGUAUAAAGAGGGAUGGAUUGUAAUAAUGUUAUGGUAUAUAAAUAUAGCGAUUCAAAAUUCAACUUUACAUUAUAAGAUUGUAUUAUCAUUUAAUGAUGGAUAAUAUUUUGAGAUAUUAGAAGGGAAGAGUGCAUACAAAAUAAAGGGUUAAUUUGUACAAAUAGCUAGAUAUAUAAAUUAUGCUUAUCAAGAUUUGACAAUAAUCGAUGAAACCUUUUAAGUGCGAUGAGGAGAU